CCAAUCAGCUUAUUGGUAAUUGUUAUCCUCAUUUCACAGAGGAAGCAUCUGAAACUCAGAAAGUUUCAGUAACUGGCCCAAAGCCGCCCAGCUAGUGGGAUUUGCACCUGGAUUUGCUCUAAUCCAGAGACUGACCCUUAACAACCACCCCUGCUACGUCUCUUGGUAAAAGCCCACCAAGACCGUCCAAAGUAACAACUCCAUCCCUUCCUCUUGCUCCAGGUUCCCGCCGGCAUCCAGGACCCGCCUGUCUGAGAAACUCCCUGUCACAAGGCCAUCACCAAGAGGCCACUUGUCCCUGUGUUGUCAGUCCCCAGCAUGGAGGAAACCCAGAUAACACCCCCACCGUCGGUCCCCAGCUGGUCCUCAACCUCCACCCAGGACCAGUCCUUCACUGCCGGCCAAGCUUCAAGCACAGGCCCACAGCCCUCAAAGUCCUCUGUCAUCCCACCCCCAGUGAAGUCCAAGGGCCCGAGUUCCGGGGCUGGGGUACGUCGGAUGCGCAGGAUCAUCGCUGAGGAUGCUGAGUGGUCAGUGGCCAUUGUGCCCCUCCUCACAGAACUCUGCAUUCAACACAUUGUCAAGAACUUCCAGAACAACCCUAUCCUGAAGCAGCUGCUCCCAGAGCAUCAGAAGAAGGUCCUGAACCAACUGUCCCCCGACCUGCCGCUGGCUGUGACCGCCAACCUGAUAGAGGAUGAGAACUACUGGCGCCGCUGCUGCACGCAACGCUGGCCCGUGUGCCACGUGGACGAGCACGGCGGCAGCUGGAAGCGCAUGUUCUUCGAGCUGCACCUGGAGAACCUGCUGAAGCACUUCAUCCCCGGCACCACGGACCCUGAGGUGAUCCUCAGCCUGCUGCCGCUCUGCAGGAACUACGUGCACACGAUCCGGGUGGAUCAGUUCCUUCCGCCCGUGCAGCUCCCGCCCCCACUUCGGGGCGGGGAUCAGUCCGACUCCAGCAGUGAAGGAGAGAUGGAGGAGGAGCCGGCCAUGGGCCACUACCAACUGGGCGACCUGGUGGCUGGCCUGAGCCACCUGGAGGAGCUGGACCUGGUGUACGGUGUCAAGGACUGUGGCAUGAACUUCGAGUGGAACCUCUUCCUCUUCACCUACCGCGACUGCCACUCCCUGGCAGCCACAGUCAAGGCAUGCCACACGCUCAAGAUCUUCAGGCUGACCCGAAGCAAGGUGGACGACGACAAGGCCCGCAUCCUCAUCUGCAGCCUCCUGGACCACGCGGCCCUAGAGGAGCUGGACCUGUCACACAACCUCAUCGGAGACCGGGGCGCGCGCGCCGCCGCCAAGCUGCUGGGCCACAGCCGCCUGCGCGUGCUCAACCUCGCCAACAACCAGGUGCGCGCGCCCGGCGCCCAGUCGUUGGCUCACGCCCUGGCGCACAACAGCAACCUCGUCUCCCUCAGCCUGCGCCUCAACUGCAUCGAGGAUGAGGGCGGCCAGGCGCUCGCCCACGCCCUGCAGACCAACAAGUGCCUCACCACACUGCACCUCGGGGGCAACGAGCUGUCCGAGCCCACUGCCACGCUCCUCUCCCAGGUGCUGUCCGUCAACACCACGCUCACUAGCAUCAACCUGUCCUGCAACCACAUCGGGCUGGAUGGCGGGAAGCAGCUUCUAGAAGGCAUGUCAGACAACAAGACCCUCCUGGAGUUUGAUUUGCGCCUGUCAGGUAUCGCCCAGGAGAGCGAGUAUCUCAUCGGCCAGGCCCUCUGUGCCAACCGUGAAGCAGCCCGCCAGCGGGCCCUGAGUUCCAGCCACGGCCAAGGGCCCUGAGAACCUGGCGGGAUAAGAUGGGGACAGGGCUGGGGCAGUGAGCAGACCUGGGUCACUGCCCUAGCCCCAUCCCUCAUUUCAUGCCCCUGCCAUGCCUGCUGCACAGUGUCACACUGGUCUGGAGGGAGUGGGGAGGGAGACCAAGAAUAUCUUUGGGAUGAGUGAUCAAGGGUUGUGCAGAUAAAGAUGUGAGGAGAGGAAGGGGCCUGGGAUAGGGGUAGGAAAUAGGACUUAGCCCUGGUACGCAUGGAGAGGAUAUUACCGGACUCACUGAAAUGACUGACUUCUCCCAAGAAUGGGGAAGGCAAAGCAGACUCUAAGGGACUGUGCCGGCCCAGACUCUCCCACAGGGGUCACCCAUCUCCCUGACCACCCUCCUCCCCACCAUUUUUCUCUCUACCAAACAGAUCCUUGACCUCUUGACCUUCAAACACACUCUCUCUCUCCACCCCCACCCACCCCCCGCCAGGCUACAGCAUAGCUUUGCCUGGCUCUUCCACCAUCACCCCUGCCGGUGCCACCUCCCCCUUGCUUAACUCCCGCUUAAGUCAUCCAGUUCUACAAGCCACGCCAUCCCUAAUCCAUUCCCUUCAACCUGGGAAGGGGGAAACAGAGGUGACAGGAGGGGCUCAGACCCAUCGGCCUCCCCAGAUUGCUGCUCACGGACGGGGAGAUGGCGAGAGAGGUGCGACACUGGGAAGGGAAGUCAGUGAGUCAUCUGCAACU